AUGACAACAAUGUUUAUUGACAGUGUUUCUUUUUGUUCAAUACGAUCAAUAAAAUUAUUUACUUUUGGUUGUAUAUUAGCCGUUGUUCUUAUGAUAUUUCAAUAUGAACAUAAAUUACGAUUAUUUAAUUCUCCUCGUCUUAUGCUUACUUUACCUAGUUUAAGUCUUAUAUCGAUAUGUGGUUUUGGUGCUGCAUUAGUCGGUUUUCUUUAUCCUAUGGUUAUUACUUCAUUUGAACGAACAUCUGUUCUUAAACAUAAUAAUAAUAUAGUACGAAAAUCUGAACUUUGUAAAGCAAUUGUAAUAUUUCUUGGAAUUAAUCAUUUAUGUGUUAAAAUUCCAUUUCAAAGUGAUCUUCAUUUUACAUUAACAUUAGCAUUUUUAUGUAUAGCAUUUUGGUGGUGGUUUGAUCGAAGUAUAAUAAAUUUUAUAUUUUCAAUUCUUUUAUCAUUAAUAUUAACAAUGACUAUAGAAAUUUUAUUACGUGCUGGUGCACUUCAAUAUACAUAUUCGGAUUUUUAUUUAAAAACUUGUGUGCCUUGUUUAACAUUUGCGGGUGCUAUUCUUACAAUUCAAAUAACUAAAUUAUUAUCAUCAUCAGAUAUUCCAAACGAACAAGAACAUAUAAAAAAUGAUUAA